UUUUGAUCCUCCCGGCACCCGUCAGAGUCGCGCCUCCGCAUCCGCGCACCCGGAAACUGAGCAGGGCAACAAAAGCAGCGCUUUCUGCAGGCAACAAACAAUCUCAGCAUCAUGUCGGAUAAAAGUGAGCUGAAAGCUGAGCUAGAGCGGAAGAAACAGCGCCUGGCUCAGAUUCGAGAGGAGAAGAAGAGAAAGGAGGAGGAACGCAAGAAAAAAGAGGCUGAGCUGAAGAAGGAUGCCGUCCCACUGCAGGAUGAUUCAGACCUGGAGAAGAAGCGCAGAGAGGCUGAUGCUCUGCUGCAGAGUAUGGGCAUCACUUCAGACGUGUCUGCCGCUCCUGCACCCAUGUCUCCCACUGCCAAAUCUGUGGGCAGUCCAAGUGAGGCAGGGAGCCAAGACUCAGGAGACGGGACCACUGGACCACGGACUCUGCACUGGGACUGUGACCCGUCCACUGUUCUUCUUCACUCUGAGCUCGGACGUGGUCCUCUGAAGUUGGCCAUGACAAAGAUGACCCAUGUGGAUUUCCCGCCAAAAGAGGUGGUGUCCUACACCAAAGAGACACAGACGCCCACCAUGACCGAGCAGAAGGACGAGGAAGAUGAAGAGGAAGAGACUCCAGCAGCACAGCCAGAAGCUGAGACCGAGAAGGAGAAACCAGAGGAGAAACAAGUGGAGGAAGCGCUGCCUCAUGAGCUGACAGAGGAGGAGAAGUUACAGAUUCUGCACUCGGAGGAGUUCAUGGACUUUUUCGAUCACAGCACACGCAUCGUGGAGCGCGCUCUGUCCGAACACGUGGAUGUUUUCUUCGACUACAGCGGCCGAGACAUGGAGGAGAAGGAGGGUGAGAUGCAGGCUGGGACUAAACUGUCUCUGAAUAGGAAGUUUGUUGAUGAUCGCUGGUCCAAACAGCGAGUGGUGACCUGCCUGGAUUGGUCCCCACAGUAUCCAGAGUUGCUGGUUGCCUCUUACAACAACAACGAGGAAGCUCCGCAUGAGCCUGACGGAGUGGCUUUGGUCUGGAACAUGAAGUACAAGAAGGCCACACCGGAAUAUGUCUUCCACUGUCAGUCUGCAGUCAUGUCUGCAGCAUUUGCAAAGUUCCAUCCUAAUCUGGUUGUCGGUGGCACUUACUCAGGACAGAUCGUCCUGUGGGACAACAGAAGCAACAGACGCACUCCUGUCCAGAGGACGCCUCUGUCCGCUGCUGCACACACGCACCCCGUGUACUGUGUGAAUGUGGUUGGCACCCAGAACGCUCAUAACCUCAUCAGCAUCUCUACUGAUGGAAAGAUGUGCUCCUGGAGUCUGGACAUGCUGUCUCAACCACAGGACAGUAUGGAGCUGGUGUUUAAGCAGUCUAAAUCGGUUGCAGUCACCUCCAUGUCCUUUCCUCUGGGGGACGUUAAUAACUUUGUGGUGGGAAGUGAGGAUGGAUCCGUGUACACAGCCAGUCGACACGGCAGUCGUGCAGGGAUCAGUGAGAUGUUUGAGGGUCAUCAUGGUCCAAUCACAGGCAUCCACUGUCACACAGCGGCUGGACCAGUGGAUUUCUCCCAUCUCUUCCUCACCGCCUCAUUUGAUUGGACGGUGAAACUCUGGAGCAACAAGAAUAAUAAGCCGCUGUACUCGUUCGAGGAUAACUCAGAUUAUGUGUAUGAUGUGAUGUGGUCUCCGGUGCAUCCGGCUCUCUUCGCAUGUGUGGACGGACUGGGACGCGUCGACCUGUGGAACCUCAACAAUGACACAGAGGUGCCCACCGCCAGCGUGGCUGUAGAUGGCAGUCCAGCUCUGAACAGACUGCGCUGGUCUCAGUCGGGCCGAGAGAUCGCAGUGGGCGACUCUGAGGGACAGAUCCACAUUUACGACGUCGGCGAGCAAAUCGCAGUCCCACGAAACGACGAAUGGACCCGCUUUGUGCGGACGCUGGUGGAGAUCAACGAGAACCGUGAUGAUGCGGAGGAGCUGGCCGCACAACGCCUCGCCGCUUGAUCAGAAAGCUGUAAUCAUCUCUCUCUUUUUGGAAAUGAAAUGAUUUGUAUGUGCAAACCUUUGAUUCUGCCUUCUGUUUGGAAUCAAAAUACGAAGCAUUGACCGUAGGUGCGAUUCAAAGCACACCAGAGCAGAAGGCCUCGCAGACCAGAAGCCUUAACAUUUGCAUGCAAAAAAAACAAAACAAAAACACACAAUGAAUGUUUCAGUUUCUAUCCAGGUAACGCUGAGCACAAUGAUCUCUCAGCUUAAUAUGCACAGCCAAAUAUGAACCAUACACACUCAUUAAACCUGCGUCUCACUCAUAGUUCAUCCACAAAAUUGAUAAAGAAAACAGUUUACAAUCCUAAAUGUGCACAGAUUUGAGUAUUAAGGAUUUUGCAUUACAGCUUUUUGUUGUUGUAAUACAGUACAUAUUAACAUACUUAAAGGGUUAGUUCACACAAAAACUCCAAUUUACUCCAUUUAUUCAUCCUCGUUCACCGAAAAAUGAAGUUUACUUAACAUUUACUCACCCUCAAGUGGUUUUUAGACAUUUACAAGUCUCUUGUUGAACCAAAAAGCAGUCAUUGGCGUUCAUAGUAGGAACAAAAACAUACAAUAGAAGUCAAUUUUUGAUUAAUUUACUCCAUUUACUUAUCUUCAAGUGGUUCCAAACCUUAAUGAGUUCUUUAUUCUGUUGAACACAAAAGAAGAUAUUUUGAAGAAUGUUCGAAACUGGUAACCAUUGACUUGCAUAGUCGGAAACACAACCACUCGUUACAAGUUUCCAAUGUUUUUUCGAAAUUACUUUUGUGUUUAACAGAAUAGGACACUCUGACAGGUUUGGGACAAGUAAUAAGUGAGUAAAUGAUAACAGAAUUUCCAGUUUUGUGUGAACUAUCCCUUUAAAUGGUAGACCUCACGUAGAAACGGUCAAAUUAUAGGCUUUUCUAUCAAAUGUAGAUGCUUUCCUUUGAUUUUGCGAUCGAAACAUGUUUAAAAUGAUCCUUUUUUGUCAGAUUCACCCACACAUUUCUACUCUUUUGAGAAUACUAAAGAUCUACCUCUUUUAGAUCUUGCCUAGCGGGACACACUCAGCAUUAUGAACUGAGUUUGGUGGAGAUUUCUGCUGUCUAGCUGUGGACCAAAUGCUGGAGUAAUUUGUAACUUUCAACUGUUUGUUCUUAUGUGGCUCUUGCGCUUUUGUUUUGUUAAUAAUCCACCUCAGCAGAGGCACAAUCACGUAUUUAUGAUACAUAUCGAUAUACUGGAUUGAUUUUCCAACUGUUUCAAAUGGAUACUUCACCUAAAAAUGAAAUUCACUCAACAUUUACUCACCCUCAAGUGGUUUUUAGACAUUAACGUACCUCUUGUUGAACCAAACUGCAGCCAUUGACGUUCAUAGUAGGAACAAAAACAUACAAUGGAAGUCAGUUGCUACCAAUUAUGACAGCAUUUAGAUUUUUGGGUGAACUAUCCCUUUAAAGUAUCUUAUUUGGAGAUCAAUGUCUUCCGUUUUUGUGUUUCGCACCACUUUGAAACUAAAAUGGUAACUUAUGCAGGGCCUCUGUGAAUGUCUUUGUAUUUUUCUAAGCCAACCCUUUGGUGAAUCUGCUCUGAUUUACCUCCAUCAGUUUGAAGUCAUCAGUCUUUCCUGUAGUAUUUGCGAUGAGAAGGUAGGUUUGUGAGGAUUUCUGGAUGUUGCUCCUAACAGUGUUCCUCAUGUUUAAAUGAAUGUCCAAUAAAUUCAAAGCCAUUUAAACUGA